AUGGUGCUCAAAAUUAGUCUGCUGGUGGUUUUGAUGCUAGAGGGUGCUUUUGCGAUCGAGCAAAGUGCAAUUAAUGGCACGGACGUCGAUUGGUCGAAGGUACGGUCCAUCGACGAGUUUGAUCACUACUGGACACGGCUUUCACCGGAAUUGCAGCUGUAUCGGAAUACGGCACCAGGACCGGCGAGCCGCAUUGCAAACGGAUUCCAGGCUACACCGGGUCAGUUUCCGUACCAUGUGGUGCUACUGGCCGAUUUCACACUAGGCACAGGACUUUGCGGUGCAACCGUACUAACCAACAGCUACAUCCUGACGGCAGCUCACUGUGUAGCAGAAUACUACGGCAUUAAGGCAUCUGGUGGACUCGCCAUAAUGGGUGCAUUCGAUCGGAUCAUUGUGGAACCGGAGCAGCAGCGCAUUCCGUUUGAAACAGCGGGCAUUACGAUCCAUCCCCAGUACUCGUACGUUGAUGUGCGUAACGAUGUAGCGACCGUACUGCUGACCACACCCAUGAGCUAUACCGGUCGUAUCCAACCGACCCGUCUGCCUGUUCCAUCCGAUCAGAGGUCGUUUGCUCGCGUGCAGGGUACAGUGAUGGGGUAUGGACGUACAUCCACCACGAGCACCUCGUUUUCGAGGUUCCUGCGAUAUACGUUUAAUACGAUUAUAUCGAAUAAUGAGUGUAUCACGUACUGGUCUCCGAUUUAUGUUGACCAGCAGAAUAUGUGCUUGAGCCCAGCGAAUGGACGAUCACCUUGUAUCGGUGAUUCCGGAGGCGCACUGACUGUGAGCGAUGGCCUCGACCAGUUGCAAGUGGGCAUCGUGUCGUUCGGUGAAGCGGUCGGAUGUGCUGUCAGCAUGCCGUCGGUAUAUGCGCGAAUAACCUACUUCCUUCCUUGGAUUGUGGCUAACUCCGAUUACUAG